CCCUUUAUUAUUUUAUUCGGCCGGCUGUUGCUGAGUGGGCCUAAACUAUGUAGUGGAGUUUUCAAUUCUCUAAGUUGACCUCUAGAUUUUGAUGUAGAGAACUUUAUUCAAGACGGGGAUUAGUCCUCGAAGCCGCCCCUUAGGCGUGAUGGGAUGUUUUAGUAAUAGAGAAGAUGAAGCCAAAAAAAUUAGUAAAAAAAUUGAUAUGAAUAUAUCAAAAGAUAAAGUUUCUUAUAGAGCAACGCAUCGAUUAUUAUUACUCGGAGCUGGUGAAAGUGGUAAAAGUACUAUAGUUAAACAGAUGCGAAUUCUCCACGUAGAUGGUUUCAAUGAAACCGAGAAAAAGGAGAAGAUAGAAGAUAUUAAAAAAAAUAUCAAAGAAGGAAUCUUAACAAUAACAGGUGCUAUGAAAACUAUUGUUCCUCCAGUUAAAUUAGAAAACCCUGCAAACCAAUGGAGAAUCGAUUGGUUGCAUGACAAUGCUACUGUGGAUGAUAACGAUUUUACAUACCCUGAGGAAUUUUACAACCAUGUUGAAGUUCUGUGGAAAGAUAAAGGUGUUCAAGAAUGCUUUGAAAGAUCAAAUGAGUACCAGCUAAUUGAUUGUGCUCAAUAUUUUUUAGAUAGAACAGCAGAUGUUCGUAAACCAAUUUAUAGUCCUAGUAAUCAGGAUUUAUUACGAUGUCGUGUUUUAACACGUGGAAUUAUUGAAACUCGGUUUCAAGUUGAUAGGGUUAAUUUUCAUAUGUUUGAUGUUGGAGGUCAGCGUGAUGAACGAAGAAAGUGGAUUCAAUGUUUUAACGAUGUAACUGCAAUAAUUUUUGUUGUGGCAUGCAGCAGUUAUAAUCUAGUAUUACGAGAAGAUCCGACAACAAAUAGGUUACGCGAGAGUUUAACGCUGUUUACAGGAAUUUGGAAUAAUAGGUUUUUGAAGACAAUAUCAGUUAUAUUAUUUCUAAAUAAACAAGAUUUAUUACGUGAAAAAGUUUUAGCACAAAAGUCAAAAAUAGAAGAUUACUUUGCUGACUACGCACGGUAUCGUACGCCUGAAGACGCAGUUAAAGAGGCGAGCGAGGAAGAGGAGGUUACACGAGCUAAAUAUUUUAUUCGAGACGAAUUUCUGAGGAUAAGCACAGCCACUGGCGAAGGAAAACACUACUGUUACCCUCACUUUACUUGUGCCGUAGAUACUGAAAAUAUUCGUCGUGUUUUCAAUGACUGUCGGGAUAUUAUACAACGAAUGCAUUUGCGUCAGUAUGAACUUCUGUAGCCUUCCAUAGAUAUAUUUAACCGAACCAAAAACAAAGUAAACUAAAUUAUCAAGACGAUUAUUAAACGUGGUUGCUUGGAAUGUGGAUAGCGUCAACGUGAGCAUAAUCCUUCAUUACAAUGCAAAGACCGAUCUCAAUGUAAAAUGAAGGAAGAGUGUAGAUAUCGCUCUUAUAGUCCUUCCAGGUUAAGGUUGCAUGAAAUGGUCUUACUGAUAUUUUUACUGAGGCAAAGUUAUACUAAUGUACGCUUUUGUGCAAAAAUGACGAUGUGUUGUUGGUGAUGCUGAAGUUAACUCAGCUUUGUUUGUAACUUGUUUUUGGUAUUAUGCUCCAUGGGUGGCUGUAGAAACUGUAAAUAUAGAGAUGCAUAUGUGUAAUGUCCAUUGUAUGUUUGACCGCUAUUUUUAAGUGACUUGCAUCCAUAUCCGCCUGUAUUUAAACUAGUCAAUAUUGCGAAUGUGCUAUUUGUCUUUUUUA